AUGGACAAAGUACCUAUGGAGCCAUGGAGCCAGGAGGUCGUAGUCAUCGUUCGCCAGUUUCAAGACAAAAAGGCAAGACUAAAGGGAAAGAGCCCUGUUCAGGUCAAAGAAGGAACGGGGGAGGUUGAUGACGAGAUGUCUCUCGAAGAAUUAUAUCGGGAGCUUCGCCAGCUUGCGCUGCUUUCGGUCGGCAUGAAAGCGGCGACACCAGGGUUUCAUGGCAGUCUGUCGCUGACUUCGCCUGGCCAUGCCACGGUGAUCUUGCUUAACGAGGAGGACUGGAAAAAGCAUAGAGAUCUGCUGAGACCACGUGGAGCUCGAUUGGUAAUAGAUUUUGACGUCGAAUCUCUGGAAGUCAAGGAGACGAAGCCAUCAAGCUGGUUGGAAAAGGCCAAGGGCAAAGCUAUGGCGAAGGUUGCAAAGGUCGAUGAGGCGAUUCGAAAGGAGAAAGAUGCUCAGCAGGAGCAGUUUAAGAAUUCGUGGAUGUAG